AUAUAUAUACGUUCCAAUUUUCGUUUCUUUAUCAAAGUUUUUUUGUUUUCCAGAUUAUUUCGAUCUAGUUUUAUGCCUUCAAAAAUGCAGAAGCAGAAAUCUACUUUAAUUUUCCUCUUUUGCUUUUUAAUACAGUCUUUCUUCACUGCAAAUUCGCAAUCGUUUAUCGGUGUUAAUUACGGGCAAGUUGCCGACAACCUUCCGCCACCGGAGGCGACGGUGAAGCUUUUGAAGUCUACGAGCAUCCAGAAGGUGCGGCUGUACGGCGCCGACCCGGCUAUCAUUAAGGCUCUUGCGAAUACCGGGAUUGGUAUCGUGAUCGGCGCCUCCAAUGGGGAUAUUCCAGCUCUGGCGUCCGACCCGAACUUUGCGGGUCAGUGGGUCGGAUCCAACGUACUUGCGUACUAUCCGGCCAGCAAGAUUAUAGUCAUCAAUGUCGGUAACGAGGUCAUUACCUCAGGAGAUCAGGCUCUCAUUUCUCAACUAUUGCCGGCCAUGCAAAAUGUCCAAAACGCCCUCAAUGCAGCUUCACUAGGUGGAAAGAUUAAGGUGUCAACUGUACAUUCUAUGGCGGCGUUAAGUCAGUCUGAUCCGCCCUCGUCGGGUGCUUUCAACCCAGGGCUCAGCGAUGCAUUGAAAGCCUUAUUGAAAUUUCAAAGUUCGAAUGGUUCGCCUUUUAUGAUUAAUCCAUAUCCUUUCUUUGCCUAUCAAAGUGAUCAGAGGCCCGAAACAUUGGCGUUCUGUCUAUUCCAACCAAACGCUGGACGAGUGGACUCAGGAAAUGGCAUUAAGUACAUGAACAUGUUUGAUGCCCAGGUCGAUGCUGUACGAUCUGCCUUGAAUGCUAUGGGAUUCAAGGACGUCGAGAUUGCAGUUGCUGAGACGGGGUGGCCUUACAAAGGAGACUCCAAUGAAGCUGGUCCUAGUUUGGAAAAUGCGAAAGCGUAUAAUGGAAACUUGAUAAGCCACCUCAGGUCAAUGGUUGGAACCCCACUUAUGCCUGGGAAAUCUGUUGAUACCUAUAUCUUUGCACUCUAUGACGAGAAUUUGAAACCAGGGCCGGGAUCAGAGAGGUCAUUUGGACUUUUUAUGCCCGAUCUUUCCAUGACUUAUGAUGCCGGUCUUUCAAAGAGCUCACAGAAUCCUUUGCCAACGCCCAUGACUCCCCCUCCCAUUCCCACGACCCCUACAGCUCCAGUGACACCGGCACCAAAACCAGUAGCGGGUUGGUGUGUGCCGAAGCCAGGAGUAGCUGAUGCUCAAUUGCAGGCAAAUCUUGACUAUGCCUGUGGCCAGAAUAUUGAUUGUAGUCCAAUUCAACCCGGUGGUGCCUGUUUUGAACCAGCUACCGUAGCAUCACAUGCUGCUUAUGCAAUGAAUCUUCUCUAUCAAUCGGCUGGCAAGAAUCCAUGGAACUGCGACUUCACGCAGACUGCCACACUCACUACUACUAAUCCUAGUUACAGUGCUUGCACUUACCCUGGUGGAAGUACAUGAAGAGGAAGAGGAAGAGUAAGAGGAAUUGUGAAGUAGAUAAAUAAUCAAAAGACUUGCACUUGCUGAAAUUGUAAAUGAAGGAAUGGUAUGGCCAUAUAGUUAUCCAAAAUGUAAAGGUUUUUGGUGGUUAGAAGAAGCAAGUCUAUUGCAACUGAUAAUUUAUAAUAAAUAAAGAACCAAUGAAGUUCACCAAUUGAUUCUUGAAUAUUGAUAUAUCCUUGGGUUAUAAUUCA